UCACACUUUGUUUAUGCUGAAACAGGCGCGAAAUUGUGUGAUUAUUUUAACCAUUUUAAAAGCGGAAAAAUGCAGGCCAAAGCAACCGACAGCAGGCAGGAACCUACCCUGAAUAUGGACACAAAUGCGCGUCGCAAUUUCAUCAAAUUCCAUGCGAAACUCGGCGAGAAACCCGCAACUACAGUGAGGUUCUUUGAUCACACCGAUCGCUAUACGGUCCACGGCAGCGAUGACUGCGAACUUGUGGCCAAAAUCGUAUACAAAUCCACGGCCUUCAUUGGCGCACUGCUGCCGGAUGACAAAAAGGAGACUCUUCAGUUUGUGUCCAUGUCCAAGGGCAACUUCGAGCUGGCUGUGCGCGAGCUGCUCUUGGUGCGCAAUUACCGGGUUGAGGUGUACGUUAAGAAUUCCAGCGAUUGGGAAAUCGAGUACCGCGGAUCACCCGGCAAUCUGCUGCAAUUCGAGGACAUCCUGUUCUCCAAUAAGGAGGUUUUGGUCGGGAACAGCAUCAUCUCGCUGCUGGUUAAGCUCGAUGGCGGUGGCCAGCGGCGUGUGGGUGUGGCCAGCGUCGAGCAGAACGACUGCAAGUUCCAGCUGCUUGAAUUCCUAGACGAUGACUUCUUCACCGAACUGGAGGCCACCGUGGUCCUGCUCGGACCAAAGGAGUGCCUGCUGCCAAGCAUCGAGGGCGAAUAUAGUGCUGUGAAGACGCUGCUCGACAGAAAUGGUGUCAUGAUUACGAUGCCCAAGAAGAGCGGCGACAACGAUCUGCUGCAGGAUCUAAAUCGUCUUUUGCGUUUCGCCAAGGGACAACAGGAGGAUGCCACGGGCUUGAAGGAACUCCAGCUUCAGCUGGCCUCCAACGCACUGAAGACCGCCAUCAAGUACCUGGACCUGGUCAAUGACGCCGGAAAUCUGGGACACUACGAGAUCAAGCAACUGGACCUAAACCGCUUUGUCCACUUAGAUUCUGCUGCCGUGGCUGCGUUAAACAUCAUGCCAAAGCCAGGCACACAUCCAUCUAUGCCCUCGUAUCGCUGGCAAAGCGUCUUGGGCGUGCUGGAUCAUUGCCGUACACCACAGGGACAUCGCCUGAUGGGUCAGUGGGUUAAGCAGCCACUGCGAAGCCGAAAUAUCCUCAAUGAUCGUCAUAACAUUGUCCAGUGCCUACUCGAAUCUCCAGACACAAUGGAGACUUUGAGUCUCGAUUAUCUGAAGCGUAUUCCGGAUAUUCUUAUGCUAACUAAGAAGCUAAUGCGACGCAAAGCUAAUUUGCAAGAUUUAUUCCGCAUUUACCAGGUCAUUCUGAGGACCCCGAAAAUUCUUAAAGUUCUGCAUGAGCUCGAUAAUUCAACGAUCGAAAGUGUGAUCUGUGCGCCUUUUAAAAGCUUCCUAAAGGAUCUGACAGGGCUCAAGCAGAUGGUCGAGCAGGUGGUUGACUUUGAGGCCAUCGAAAGGGGCGAGUAUCUGGUGAAGGCUUCGUUUGACAGCCGUCUAAUGGAGCUGCAGCAGAUGAUGACGGAGCUUUAUUCGAAAAUGGAAGAGUUGCAGUUCAAAUGCAGUCAGGAAUUGAAUUUGGAUGGCAAAAACCAGGUGAAGCUGGAAAGUGUGGCCAAAUUGGGACACCACUUCCGCAUCACCGUGAAAGAUGAUUCCGUGCUGCGCAAGAACAAGAACUAUCGCAUCGUGGAUGUGAUCAAGGGCGGUGUUCGCUUCACAUCCGAUAAGCUGGAGGGCUACGCCGAUGAGUUUGCCAGCUGCCGCACUCGCUACGAGGAACAGCAGCUGUCCAUUGUGGAGGAGAUAAUUCAUGUGGCUGUAGGAUAUGCUGCCCCGCUCACUUUGCUUAACAACGAGCUUGCCCAGCUCGACUGUUUGGUGAGCUUUGCUAUCGCCGCCCGCAGUGCGCCCACUCCCUAUGUGCGGCCCAAAAUGCUGGAGGAAGGUGCUCGCGAGCUGGUUCUCGAGGAUGUGCGUCAUCCUUGUUUGGAGCUGCAGGAGCAUGUCAACUUCAUAGCUAACAGUGUUGACUUUAAGAAAGAGGAGUGCAACAUGUUUAUAAUCACGGGACCCAACAUGGGUGGCAAGAGCACUUAUAUUCGCUCUGUGGGUACCGCUGUGCUAAUGGCCCAUAUCGGAGCUUUUGUACCCUGCAGCUUGGCCACAAUCAGCAUGGUGGACUCCAUUCUUGGAAGAGUGGGAGCUAGUGACAACAUCAUCAAGGGUUUGAGCACAUUUAUGGUCGAGAUGAUUGAAACAUCUGGCAUAAUAAGGACUGCCACUGACAAAUCCUUGGUAAUCAUAGACGAACUUGGUCGUGGCACUUCCACGUACGAAGGUUGCGGCAUCGCCUGGUCCAUUGCUGAACAUCUGGCCAAGGAGACCAAGUGCUUCACUUUGUUCGCCACUCAUUUUCACGAGAUAACCAAGCUGGCGGAGACCCUGUCUACGGUUAAAAACUGUCAUAUGGCCGCAGUUGCGGAUGCUGAUGACUUUACUCUGCUGUAUCAAGUGCGUUCGGGGGUCAUGGAAAAAAGCUUUGGCAUUCAGGUGGCGCGAUUGGCCAAUUUUCCCGAGCAUGUCGUCCAAAACGCGCAGGAGGUGUACAAUGAGUUCGAGGACGAGCAUGUGGACAAGCAGAAGAAAGAGGAUAAGGCACUGCUGGAAAAGAUUCAAGUGGCUAUUCAACAGCUGUCAACAGCCGGGAACAACGUGGACAUUAACGUGGAGGAUUUGACCCAGCUGGUCACCCAGUUUACGAAGGAUAUCGAGCAGCUGGAUAGUGAUUACUUCAAAUCUGUGCUGGCCACUAGUGAGGCUUGAAAUGGAGGUAGGGUCCAAUAAUUCUUAAUCUGGCAGUAUUAUUUAAAGAGGCAGUUGUUCUACGUACUUAUCACAACUUUUUUGUUCUUAAAUAUUAUUAAUUUGCAUCACUGAAUAUUGCUCAUCCAUGGUUACAAACCAUAUUCUCCUGAUUUGAUUACAAGGCUACAUCGAAAAUGUUGUUUAAAUAUUUCUUCCAUUGUAUUAAACAUAUAAUUAUAAUAUAGGAGAAAUCAACUAAACUAGAUGAUAUAUGAUUUUUUACUAAUGCGAGUGUUCAUACACCAUUCAUGAUUUAAUAAAAAUGCACACUUGCGAAUACAUACAAGUUGAUAUGUAAAACACCAACAUACUAAUAUUAAAUCUGAAUGUUUUAUUUGUAUAUUCAAUAUUUCUAGAACUUUAAAUCGGAAUUGGAAUCAAAGGGUGUAAAGCAAGACGUUAAUAAACUUCAUGUUCCACAACCGUCACAUGAUUUGGAAACACGGUGAUUUGUGUGCUACUAAUAGCACGAUGUAUUUCUUCGGCGGUGUGCCAAGUCACAUUGAACACGCUUUUUAACUGAAAAAUACGAGCCCGACAAAAACUGUCAGCUUAAUCGGCCGGGCUUUAACCUCAGCCGUCAGUUGGUCUAAAGCGCCGCCGUUUCGCCAGCCGAUCUUUAGCGCGACUGUCAUUACCAAAUUCAACUUAAGUGCUGUCAAAAGAUAAUUACCGUUUCGGCUUUGAUUUUUCUUACCUUUUUUUUUUUUGCUUUGAGACAACUAAAUGACAACGGCUCUCUGAAAGGCCCAAACCAGUUUGUCUCCGCCGCAUUUGGUGUGAUUCAAUAAGAUGGCAAAAAUUGGAGUUAUUUUUUGGGAUGAAUUAAUAUAUAGACUUUAUUAUUUUAGCAGUAUGUUUCUAUGUUGAUUAUAACAACUAAGCAAAUCGAUCUUAAAACAGACAUUCCACAUCACGCUCUUCAGAAUCUUCGAGACGACAUUAUGUGUUCGCAUCUGAUAUAUUCCUCUGCCCAUGGCUGUGCACACAUUCAAUUUGAUAUCGCGUACUCAACAAACAUGGCGUGUUAGCAACGCUUAACAGCAUCCAAAAUUGACAGGCAACUUUAAAUAUAUUGCCUUUGCGGCCAGUUCGGCAUGCUUGUCUGCCACGAUUAGUGGCAAGCAGCCAGCCAGCGCGGCAAGCUCUGCGAUCCGGCUCCAAACCCAUAUCCAUCCCCAUGCCCAUCCCCAUGCCCAUCGCCAUCCACACAGUCAGCUCCUUCAGAGCCAACUUCAUUUGGGUGAAUCGGGCGAAGACGUUCGAUGCGACGCGACGCGUACAAUUAUUAAUUUGAUACGAUAUAAUUGACAUGUUGCCGAUGCCAAAAAGGAAGCACUAACAUGCGGCCAACAACGGCGGCAGCAGGAGCAACAACAAGGUGAAACCUCGUAACUUGGCCAACAAGCUAAGCCGGAGCGACGCAUAUUAACGCCAUGGCUUAGACACAAGGACCGAUCCGACUUAGAGAUGGCACUUGGAUGCGGAAAGCAUUUCAUCUUUGCGGCUACCUUCUGAGAUUUUAAAUAAUAAGUUUAGGUAUUUCAAUUUUAUUUAUAGAUGAGGGU